GAGUUGACAACUGUAAUAGAGGAAUCUGGUUCAUAUUCGAAAUGGAUAAAGAUAAAGUAUUGGUGGUGGAACAAAGGUCUUGGUCUUGUAAUAGUUGUACUAUUCCUUCUGGCCAAUAUAGGUGUAGUUAUACAUAGUGUACUCAAGAAUGUAUAUACACAACAAUGCGAAUUGUUAGGAAUGGGAUUAUUGGUUGCAAAGGGUGGUGCAGCAGUAAUCAACCUCAAUGCAAUGUUGAUCCUACUACCUGUUCUGAGCAAUGUAAUGACAUGGCUUCGUGGAACAUGGAUAAACAACUACAUCCCAAUUGAUCGAUAUAUAUCACUUCACAAACUAUGUGCAUCAGGUUUGAUAAUUGGUUCACUGGCACAUUGUGGAGCACAUUUCUAUAACUAUUAUACAUUGUCGAGUACACCUGGAGAACAUUUGGCCGAACAUGGAUUCCCAGAUUACACUCCUUCAACACUUUUUACCUCAUUUCCAGCUAUCACUGGAUUUUUGAUGACUCUGAUUAUGAUUGUAAUUGUGAUCACAUCAAUUGAAUCAAUACGUAGACCUCAUUUCGAACUAUUCUACUACACUCAUCAUCUAUUUAUAAUCCUAUUCAUAUUAUUAAUAUUCCAUGGAUACACGAGACAACUAAAGAGUGAACCUACAACAUAUUUAUGGGUCACUGCACCAUUUGUAAUAUACAUUGUUGAGAGAGCUUAUAGGAUUGUUAGAGGUAGUAGAUCUGUAAUAUUACACUUGGCCAAACAACAUCCUUCAAAAGUACUCGAACUUAGAAUGAAGAAGGACAACUUCAAAUUCAAACCAGGUCAAUUCAUCUAUCUAAAUUGUCCAAGCUUGACCCGUAACGAAUGGCAUCCAUUCACAAUCACCUCAAGUCCAGAUGAAUCUUUCAUCUCUGUUCACAUCAAUAUUGUUGGCAAUUGGACAGGUCGACUUUAUAAGCUACUCAACCCGAAUGAGAAGCUUGGCAUUGUUCAGAAUGAAGUUAUGACUGGUCCGGAUAACUCACCGAUACUCAAAAUACAAGGACCUUUUGGAGCGGCAUCGGAGGACGUGUUCAAGUACAAGGUUGUGAUGUUGGUCGGUGCUGGUAUUGGCGCAACACCAUUCGCCUCCAUCCUAAAGCAUAUCAAGUACAGACUGGUGCAAUCAUUGGACGAACAGAGACAGAAGGGCAACAACACGUACCUGCCCAUUCAAAAGGUGUACUUCUUUUGGAUAUCACGCGAGAAGAACUCAUUCGAGUGGUUCACAUUUAUAUUGCAUGAUGUGGAGACGGAGCUCAACGACCUGGUCGAGAUACACACCUAUCUGACGGGCGCCAUCGAGGUGUCUGAUUGGAACGCCAUCGUUGAGGGUCUGGCCACGAUCGACUCUGAGUCGCACACGGACUUUAUCACUGGACUCAAGUCACAGACGAUGUUUGGCCGACCAAACUGGAGCGGUAUCUUCCAGGAGGUGGUCAGACUGCACAAAGAGAGCUCGAUAGGUGUGUUCUUCUGUGGGCCACGACCCAUGGCCAAGGAGAUCCGAAGCAAUUGCCAUCGCUUCAAUGGAAUGGAAGGUUGUAAUCUACAUUUUUAUAAAGAGAACUUCUAG